AUGGCUAUUUCGAACGGGUCGUAUAAGAAUGAGAAGAUUACCAAUGGUGGCGCUGGGACGGGGUUGGGAUCUCCUGUCUGGAAGCGAUGGGUUCGUUUCAGGAGUACAGAUGGAAAGAUUUACGGCGGCGAGCCCGUCGACUCGGAGAUCGAUGUGGGCCUCGCAAUCGCAAAUAAGGAAGAAAUCCUCGUCAAGACCGUAGAGGGAUCCUCAGCCCUAAACCACACAGCCCAAUUCAACGGAGAACAAAAACCCAUCACCGAACUCCUAUCCCCCAUCUCCCAAAGCGAAGCAGGGGCGAUUCGAUGCAUCGGUCUGAACUAUAAAGAGCACGCGGCUGAGAUGAAAUUGGCUCUUCCGAGUACCCCGACCAUCUUCCUCAAGGCGGAUACAUCCCUCGCCUCCGCCGCCGCGCCCAUUACCCUCCCCUCGAACGUGUCCGAAGCCGAAGCCGACUACGAGGUUGAGCUCGCUAUUAUCAUUGGAAAACUCUGCAAAAAUGUUGAUGUCUGUGAGGCUGGGGGGUAUAUAUUGGGUUAUGCGGUUGCUAAUGAUGUUACUGCCCGGCAACAUCAGGAGAGGACUUCGCAGUGGUCUUAUGCGAAGGGAAUGGAUGGAUUCUGCCCACUAGGACCAUGCAUCGUCUCAAAAGAAAGCAUCCCGAAUCCAGCCGAUCUGAACCUCCGGACGUCAUUGAAUGGAAAGAUGAUGCAGAAUGGGUAUGCGGAUGAUAUGAUCUUUAGCAUUCCGGAGAUUGUAUCUCAUUUGUCACAGGGCCACACCCUCCGUCCAGGAACGGUAAUUAUCACCGGCACGCCAUGCGGGAUCGGCGUUUCGCAGAGUCCGCCUCGCUUUCUGCAGCCGGGUGAUGAGUUGCGCGUUAGUAUAACCCAUGGGCUUGGGACUCAGGUUUGUGAGAUUGUGAGGGAUUGA